UCGGGCGUCAUUGAAGAGUAAUAAAAUGUCUAUGUUUGCAAAUCUUGAACAGGGAUAUCCAUCAGGUUCAGCUCCUAAUGAAUAUCCUUGUCACUGGAAACUUGGCUACUAUACCUCAUUUUGUAAAGGGUUAUAUGAACAGUUGAAGGCUGACCAGUUCACAGACACACAGGUAACAGUGGGAAAUAAAACCUUUCAUUGCCAUAAGGUCGUUCUCUCUUCCAUGUCACCAUUUUUCGAGGCUAUGUACUUGUCUGGUAUGAUCGAGGCACAGAGUGGAAACGUCACGCUUCAGGACAUAGGCACUGAAACAUUUGAGCUGAUUCUUUCCUUCGUUUAUUGUGGCCAAGACAUCGUUACAGCCGACAAUGUUGAUAGUAUACUUAAAGCUGCUACAAUGCUUCAGAUUUAUUGUUUGCGAGAAAGAUGUGAAGAAUUUAUUGGUGACCACAUAGAUGUUGACAAUUGUAUAGCAGCUUGGAAGCUAGCAUCAUCACAUGGUUGCGGACAGCUAUCAAAGAAAGCUUUUGCUUAUAUAAUACACAAUUUUGCUGACGUUUGGUCGACAGAAGAAUUUCAAGAACUUGAUAGUGAUGAGAUUGUUGAAAUAAUAAAAAGCAAUGAUCUUAUCACACCUGAUGAAGAAACUGUGUGUGAGGCGGUUUUGAAAUGGUUGAAAUACGAUGCUGAAUCAAGACAGAAACAUGUAGCAAAGUUAUUUGAACACCUUAGACUUCCGCUUAUGCAACCAGAGUACCUUGUGGAAAGAUUAGAUGCCGAGGAACUCGUUUCGAACAGCCAUGAGUGCAAAGAAUACAUCGAGGAAGCAAAGAAGUAUCAUCUGCUACAAUCAAGAAGACAAGAGUUCGUUUCUGCACGACUUGCACAUCGUAACCACGGUGAAUACACAGAAGUUAUCAUAUUCAUUGGUGGUAACCUUCACCCGGAGAGGACUUCUACAGAUAUUUGGUGUUACAGCUUACACAAAAGAAAGUGGACUCAUUUAAAUCAAACGCCAUAUGAAUUAGGUGUCGAGUUCGCGAUUUGUCCACACGGAAAUGCAAUUUUUGUAUCUGGGGGAAGCGAAUAUACGAAUAGCAUGAUCUACUAUUUAACAACUCAAAACAGUUGGUACAUCUGCAGUAAAAUGCUCAUCGGUCGCAGACGUCACUGUAUGGUCAGCCAUGGCGAUUUUCUGUACGUCCUUGGUGGAUUUGAUGACGAUGAAGACGAGGAAAGGUUUAGCACAUUGCUUAGCGUCGAGAGAUUUGGUGUGACCUCGGGUACAUGGGAGGACUUCGGUUAUCUCACCCUUCCAGUUCGGUCUGCAUCAGCUUCUGUAAUUCAGGGCAAAAUUUACGUCUUCGGUGGCAUUGACGGCGACGGCGUCUGUUUGGACACCAUUCAGUGCUUUGAUACUCGUUCAAGGGAGUGUACAUUGCUCAAUAAAUCCUUACCUAUGGCCGGAAUGAUAUCAAGCGUUGUUGUCAACCAGAUUACAUAUCUCGUGUUUCCAAACGGAAAAGUAAUGAAAAUGACACCCAAUGAGGAGAUUGAAGAUGCAGGAACGAUUCGGAAUUUUGAUAGAUGUGGCUUUGGAAUUGUUCAGCAUGCAGGAAAAUUGAUAGUGAUGGGUGGAAUUGAUUCAGUAGAGAUUCAUGAUGAAUUCAUACAGUUUGAUAUUGAACAACACGAGGGAACCUCAAUGGAUCAUCAACUAGUGCGUCCAAUGUUCGGGUUUGGCUGUGUCAAAGCAACUUUGGCAAAAACAAUACUUAAAUGAAAGUCAAGAAUGAAAUAUUGAUAGAUGCUUAUUCGCUAUCGAUAAGUAAAUAUUAAUUUUGGUGUUAAAGUCUUAGAGUACCACAUGAUAUAUUCAAGUGUAACGAAAACUUGACACUUUCUUUAAUAACACUGAAUGUUGGUUAUAUAUUCGGAGAUUAUUUUCACAUUAUUUGAUAUAACUUAUUGGUUUUGUACCUAUUCUUUUACCUUUUUUUAUCGUGUUUAGUAGGUGCUACAAUGGAAAUUUAACCUUCUACUUAGUUCACAUGGUUCCUCUAUGUGUUGACUGGUUGCAUUGUUUUAUAAAUCAGGGCCACGGUCAUACAUUCUCGAUUUAAUUACUAUUAGGAUUGGUGAAAAAAUGAAGAAUGAACCAUGUUAAAUAUUUUUUUUACUUUGUGAUAA